GCGGGACCUUCCUUGGACAUCCUAUGUUUCCAAAUUACGCUUCCUGUUCUGUGCUACAAGCCAAGAUCUUAUCGAUCCAUUUGCCUCUCGGCCAUCGUUUGCGCCCCCUGCUCAUAAUGCAGCAUGAGCAGAAUUUACAAGACUAGGUAGCUUCAGUAAAGGAAGAAAACUCUUGUUCUUUAAUAUUUUGACCGUCUGGCCCAAAGUGAUGUUCCAACAAUGCCGAUAGUGGAUAAACUCAAGGAGGCGUUAAAACCUGGUCGGAAGGAGACUAGUGAUGAGGGAAAUCUCAACAAGUUACUGGCUUCUUCAGCCAUGAAGGUCCUUUUGCAGAAAAUAGAGUUUGAGCCUGCCAGCAAGGGUUUCUCCUAUCAGCUGGACAACCUGAAGAACAAGUAUGUGAUCCUCAGUCCCAGAACUGAGGGUGCUACUGGGCAGCAAGCUACAGAACCUACCCAAAUAAAAAGACAAGUCUCAGAGAAUGUGGUUGGGGGUCAGGGCGAUGGCAUCCCAGCUCCUCAGAAGAUACUCUUUCCAGGGAACAAGCUCACUCUUAAAUGGGAGCGUGUGUACAGGGUGGGAGCCGGUCUUCACAACCUGGGAAACACCUGCUUUCUCAACUCCACUGUUCAGUGUCUCACCUACACCCCACCACUUGCCAACUACUUACUCUCAAAGGAGCACAGCCGUGUCUGCCACCAGUCAGGCUUUUGUAUGAUCUGUGUUAUGCAGAACCAUAACAUCCAAGCCUUUGCCAACACCGGAAAUGCCAUAAAGCCCGUGUCCUUCAUCAGAGAUCUAAAAAAAAUCGCCCGACAUUUUCGCUUUGGGAGCCAAGAGGACGCUCAUGAGUUUCUGCGUUACACCAUUGAUGCCAUGCAGAAAGCCUGUCUUAAUGGCUACCCAAAGCUUGACAGGCAGACACAGGCCACAACACUGGUUCACCAGAUCUUUGGAGGGUACCUCAGGUCAAGAGUGAAAUGCUCUAUUUGCAAAAGUGUAUCAGACACAUAUGAUCCUUACUUGGACAUCGCUGUUGAGAUCCGGCAAGCAGCAAACAUCGUACGUGCCCUGGAAUUAUUUGUUAAGCCAGACUUUUUGAGCGGGGAGAAUGCCUACAUGUGUGCCAAGUGCAAAAAGAAAGUGCCUGCCACCAAGCGCUUUACAGUCCAUCGAACAUCUAAUGUUCUGACGCUUUCAUUGAAGAGAUUUGCCAACUUUAGUGGAGGCAAAAUAACUAAGGAUGUUGGUUACCCAGAGUUCUUGAACAUUCGGCCCUACAUGUCUCAGAGUACAGGCGACCCUGUUAUGUAUGGCCUUUAUGCUGUGCUGGUGCAUUCUGGGUACAGUUGUCAUGCUGGUCACUACUAUUGCUACGUCAAGGCUAGCAAUGGACAGUGGUACCAAAUGAACGACUCCAUGGUGUACUCCAGUAACAUCAAAGUGGUUUUGAACCAGCAGGCCUAUGUCCUUUUCUACCUGAGGAUACCAGAAACAAAGAAGAAUGCAGAUGGACAUACAAACAAGCAAGCUCAGUUGCAUUCUGGGAAAAACAAUGCAUCUUCUAAGCAGAUAAAAAGGGUGAAUCUGAGCAUGCCUCUUUCCUCCCUACAAGUCACAAAGAAACUGGAGCCUGCACAGCUGCGUAAGAUCCAGGCCAUGGACGGGGGUUUAGGUUUGCCAAUUUCCAGGAAUGGUAUGAAUUCUCAGCCACAGCCCAGGCUUUCUACGUGGACAUCGUCCUCUAAUGGUCCAGCAAAGCUGCCGGGUAGACCCACAGUGAUCAAGGAGCCUUUUAAAAAGGUUAACAAACCACCUCCACAGAGCCAGGUGCAGUUCCGAAGCACCAACGGGCUCAGCAGGACUGAGGGGGAUAAAAAACAAGAUGGUGAGGGUAGAGGCAUGGUGGCAUCUAUCUCAUGCAAGUCUUUGUCUAACUCUUCCUCUGCUGACACCACCAACUUGAAGGAGUCUGUUGGUCAUAAAUGUGAACAGGUGAAAGAGACCCCCUCCACUCAUCGGAAAGGUUCCAGCAGCUUGGAGUCUCCAGUCAGGAGCGUAGACUGUUCUCAGAGCACAGAAGAACAGAAGACGGCUGAAACAAAAACUCUGGCCCUCAAUAACAUCUCAUCUGAAGCCACCUGCACAAUGUCACCUCCGCCUGCCAAGAAACUGGCCUUAUCAGCCAAGAAGGCUUACAGUCGGAUUGUGAGCAACAUUGAUGUUCUGCCCCAUUUGCCAAACCAGCUCUCACCUGCCCCAAUGCAUCAACAUCAACUUAACUCUCUCAAUGACUCUUCAUCCAAUCAUACUCACAGUAUUCAUCCAUUCCAUUCACCCAAAGCCCAGUCAUGUCCAACUCGUUCAAGCGAGUGUGAAGUAGAGAAGAGCCCUUACAUGGAGUCCCUCCUGUCUGCAAGCAGUUCCUCCUCUCUGCAAAAACCAAAUACCAACCUUAAUCGUAAAACCUAUCGGCUUCACAGUCCGAGCCCAAAGAGUGCCAAGUCUUCCAACCUCCUUAGCAACCCAGACUUUUACCAUUUGACUCAACAAGUCAGCCAGAAGAAGAAGAAAAAUAAGAAACUGCAUAAUUUUGAGGUGGAAGGUGACACAGAGACACCCUCUCCUGUGGUCUCACAGCCCAUCUCUGUGGAUUUGGCCAGUGAGAAAAAAUUAAAGAAGAAAAACAAACAAAAGCGUCAAAGUAAAGUUAGCGUGCAAACAAAAGAGAGGGAGUGUGUAUACUCACAUUUGGACACAUUGAGUAAGGAGGAGGAUUGGUGUCAGAGUGUCAAGAAAACAGAGAUUGUGGAAGAGGCUUUGCAAGAAAUCAAUUCUACAUCGGAAAGAAAUCCUGGACUGCACUCUGUAGACAUUUGUAAUAUUACAGUAAAUUCGAUAAAGGUGGAAGAUAAUAAAACUGUAAAAAAGAAGAAGAAAAAGCUAAAAGUAAAUCUGCAACAACAGGAGGAGGGCGAGCCAUUGGAUGCUGAAAUUCCCUCCAACCAAAAACAUAAAAAGAUUGCCCAAAUUAACAGAAACCUCUCAGCUCCAGUGUUGGUGUGGAACAGUCAAGUCAAAGAUGGAUUCAAACGCAGCCACACACUAGCAGCUGAGGCGGGUGAGCCGAUGGAUGCCUCAAAGCAUACACACACUGCAGCCUGGGAUGGUAAAAAGACUGGCGGUGUUGUGGAAGAUCUCCUGAAGAAUUCAACAGAUAAAGCCUACAGAGCCAACAUCCUGAGCUGGGAUAAUGAGGUCUCUAUUAUCAGUAGAGAUGCCUUUAAUGAUGUCCGCAGUGACACUGUGAUCGACGAGUGGGAUGAAGACUUUGACAGUGGAAAGGUGAAGAAAGUGAAGAACAAUAAAAGAGAGAAGUGGAGAAAUGGCAGCAACUUUUUCCAGAAGAUCCAGGAUCAGAGGAACAAGUGGUCUCUAACACCCGGAGCCAAGAGGGGUUUUGGAGUUCGACGCUGAAAUUUGGAAAUUGAUGGAGAACUUGUUUCUCCUCUCCAUUCUUCGAUCAUUGUAUUGACUUAAUGUUUACCAAGUUUAGCUAAUUUUCCAGAACGAGCUCACUGAAUGAUUUCCAGCCAUAAAGUUUAAUUCAAUUUAUGUGAGUCAGUGUAAUCCUGUUAUACCCUCACAAAUCCACUUAACAUGAUUUAUGUUUGCUUGCAUUCUCUGAGCCUUGGCUAUCCUACUGGAAACUAUUGCCAAAUCAAAAGAAAUGCACCAUAUUUGUGAGUAAUAGGCUUUGAUUUGUGGCUGGUUUGCAUACAAUCUCAGAGCAAACUAAAGGGCUUUUAAGUUAGUAAAGAAGUGACCUUUUAUCUGAAGCCUUUUCUGAAAUUAUAUAAAAUGACAAAUAUCUAAGAGCAAUGUAACUGUAUAUUUUAGUUUAAUUUAUUAUUUUAGUACUGUUUCCCCUUAUUACUUCAGUCUGUGUCCUAAAAAUGGAUGCAACUUCAAAAGGUUCAUUGUUUCUCACCAAUGAUUUUUUUUGUUAAAUAUCUAACCAUGCCAGAAGAGUUUUAUACAUAUAUUUGUGUUCAUUUUCUAAUUCAACUCAAAAGAACAAGCACCCAGUUUAUAGAAGAGGGUUUUUACAGUUUAGAUCAAAAUCCAUGUAUUUUAUCAAGAAGAAUCCAGUGUUUUGCUCACUCUUCAAUUUGAACAUAACAUUUUGAACAGGCUGCUUUGUAAGAAUGGGACAACCCUCCCCAUCACCCCCACCUCUAUUUCAUGUUUUUUUUUUUUUUUUGUUUUUUUACCUUUAUGCAAUUUACCAACCAUCUCUGGUAACCUGUAGAGACUGGGCUGAGAUUCAAGAAUCCAGACGUCCUGUGUCUCUUCCUCUUCCCAUUCUAUCCGUGUGAUCCUUCCACCAGGACCACCAUCUGUACAUGUUGUAGAUACUGUUUUCUAUAAAGAAUUUCAAGUGUGAAGGCCCAUCUGGGUCAUCAUCCACCACUCUGCACAGAUAGGAGACCUUUUAAGGAAAUGCUUAGCCACUGUAGAAGAGUGUACAGUUCACCUUAUUGAUAUCUCUUGUACGCUGUAUAGAUUUGCCCCUGUACAUCUUGUUUUAUUCUAGAAUUUAACUUGAAUUGGCUUUAAAAAACACAAGAUUUAUUGUCAAAAUAUGUAAAAAGAAAUGAUGAAUCUAUAUUGCUCAGAUUAGUUGAUGGAUGUUAAUUUAUCUGCAGGUGUGUAUGAGCAUGAAAUUCCUAUUUUUAUGGGACAUCUUCCCUGUGUCACUAAAGAUGUGCAAUGCAAUACAGGAGAGGCAGUAACAUGUUAUAAAUCUGAGUCUUGAGUGUUACAAAAAAAUAUUCCCAUCAGUGAAUAGUUCACAUGUUCACAAUUUUUGUUUUUGACAUACUGUUUACAGACCAGGAUAAAAAGAACUGUUAUGGUGCAAUAAAGUUGGGACUUUUGUGACUAGA